CUGAUGGUGGCGUGCUAUAAGGGUUUUUUGGACAUUGUGCAAUCUCUUUACCACUGUCCCUACCUGGACAUAAAUCACCAGGACAACGAUGGCAACACAGCACUGAUGAUCGCUGCACAAGCAGGUCACACCAUUACAGUGACCUACAUCCUAAACUACUACCCCGGGGCAGACACAGAGAUCCGGGACUGCCGUGGCUUCACCGCACUCAUUAAAGCUGCCAUGCAGGGCCGAGACGAUGUGGUGUCUUCCCUCGUCAUGGCCGGUGCAGACCUAAAUGCAAUAGACACCAGGAAGCAGAAGUGUGCGCGGGACUGGGCACUAAAGACGGGCCGCUACGAGACCUUGAGCCGCCUCCGCCGCCUCAACCUGCGGCCUAGAGCCGAGCAGUUUACUGAGAGCUACGUCCCCGAGUGGCCAGAACUGAAAGUGCUGGUGGCCAAAGCCACAGCCAACAAGAGCACCGGCCAGAUGAUCACCCAGCGCAUCAAGUCCACCUUCAGCUUCAAUUUUCUCCAAGACCCCCAGGACAACGGGGUCUUGGACCAUAUGGUGCGUAUCACCACCAGCAUCCAUAGCCCUUUGGUGGCCACCGCCUGCCGGCCGCUAUGCCCCACCAGCCCCCCCGAGGUGGGAAAGAGGCGCUUGGCCGUGCCUGAGCUGAGGAAGAAGCACUCAGAGAAGAAGCUGGAGGAGAGCUCUGUGUGCCACAGCAACGGCUCCGUCUCCGUCUCCUCCAUCAUUCCACACAUCCACUUGGCCGAGACCAUCGCCACGUCUUGCUGUGUGGACACAGAGCGCAGGGGCAGUAUUAUCUCUAUAGCCUCCACCGGGGUGCGCACCUUCAUGCCCAGGAACAUGGCCCACAGGAAUAGUGUGUUCCCUUCCGGCUGCAUCCCCAAGAUCCAGAUAGUGAAGUCUGGAGAGCCCAUGCCUAGGAAGGAAAAAAAGAAGAAGAGGCACAAGGGUCACCUGGAGCUGCCCGUAUGA